ACUUGUUAAAUAGUUUGGCUUUUUUAUAUAUAGUAUUGUCCAUAUGCAUUCAUGCUAUGGAAACUGCUAUAUACUCCAUCACAGAAACUCUUUGUGUUAUUGGCUAUAUUAAUUAGAGCAUUUGUUAGAUGACUUAGUUUCUAUACUGUAUGAAAGAAUCCUAUAAUGAAUGCUGAAAUAUUCAGGUUUAAUGGAUUAAGCUUUUUAUUGAAGAUCAUAUUGAAAUUAAAGUGUUGAGCAAAAUGCACCGUUUUAUUAUUUGAGUUUGGUUUUGUAACAAGUUUUUAUGUUCCGUUGUUUUUAUAUCUGUUUACAACUUGGUAUUCUGCAAAUAAAAUUAUACAGAGUGUUGUCUUGAUAUGAACAGAAAGUAUAUUAUUCAAACAUCCAGAGCUUUAGAGAAGGAAUGUGCUUGUAUAAGUUUACAAGAACAGUGUGCAGUACUUAGACAAAACUUAUUUUACAGCAAAAGUCACUAAAACUUGCCUCCAUCAGGAAAAACUUUAGAAGGUAGCCUAUCUUUUUUUUUAAUGGAUUCAGUAUUUCUUCAAAACCUGAUGUCACAGAGGAGCUUUGUUACCAUAGUUUCACCUGAACUUCACUUUGUAAUUCCCCCUCUCUCCAAUGUGUUUCUUUUCUGAUUUUUACCAGUGUGUGCUGCUGCCAGUUCUUUUUAGCAGGCACAUACAGCUACUGUCCUCCAUUUGUGGAUGUAUGGUGAGGGCUUUCUGAAUUUCGGUAAGCUCUAAUGAUUUCACUUGUCACAUCUUUGUCUGGUAUUAGAUUUCUGCUGACCUAUGCAAGUUUCAGGUAAAAGUAUUUCACUUUUUCUGAAACCAGAUUGUGAUGGGAAAAUGUUGGCUUUGUCCAGAUUAACAACAAAAAAACCCCUGUGGGGCCAUUUGCAAAGAAGCUCUGUUUUCUUCGACUUUGGAAUGAGGAAUUCUUAUCUGACAAGUUCAGAUGGAAACGUCAGAUUAUAGCAACCCAGAAGAAUACCCCACUGAAAUUCAUGAUUAUCUUGCAGAAUUUGAACAGUGUCUUGGUUCUGUAGAUGAGAUGCUGAAAGCAAUGAUGUUGGUUUCUAGGAGUGACCUCCAAAAGUUAGAGCCUCUGGAGCAAGCAAAGCUGGAUUUGGUUUCAGUGUACACGUUAAAUUCAUUGUUCUGGGUAUACUUGGUUAACCAGGGAGUCAAUCCAAAGGAACAUCCAGUGAAACAAGAACUGGAGAGAGUAAGAACAUACAUGAACAGGGUCAAAGAAAUAGCAGAAAAGAAAAAGGCAUCCAAACUUGAUAAAGGAGCUGCUUCCAGAUUUGUAAGAAAUGCACUCUGGGAACCAAGCGCUGAAAACGAAAAGAAAUCCAAAGGUCCUGGUAAAGGAAAAAAGAGAAAGAUGGACUAAAUUUUUGUCUCCCCUUAUAUAAAUUAGAGACACACAGGAAUUUACCUUGAAAUGUGUUCUGCGUACUGCAUGCACCUUGCGGAGGUGCUGUAUAGCAACAUCUUGCUUAAGUUAUAGGUAAGAAUUUUUAUAGGAUUGUAUUUUGUCCAGAACGCUUGUCACUCACAUGAUCACAUUCUAUGUGUAUCUAAAAGUGCCAUUUGAUGCAAGAGAGGUAACAUUUCGUUAUUGAAAUGACAAUGACCUGACAUCGGCUCGCUGGUGAUACAUACUAGUGAUGUUUUUACUGUUCAAUGAUUGACGCUUUUUUACAUGUCCUUAAUGUGAAUAUUAAAAAGUCUCAACCAAUGCUAUCUAGUCUGUGGUGUUUAUGAAAAGAGCCAUGUUUUCUUUCUCAUUACAUCAUUAUGUGAAAUGCUGUAUUAGUAGUUUUGUAAGGUUUAUCCACUGUGUUAAACUGUUUCAGCUUCUGAACUUUAAGGUUUCCCAUAUUCCUUUACUUCUGUUGCCUCUCAGAAAACUGAGUUUCAGGGGCCACAAGCAAACAGUCUGUAUUCCACUUUAAGCCAUGGUGUCUAGUCAGUGGAAAAGAUAUCCCCAAAGGGCAAUUUGUGGGGUCCAAAAAAAGGAGCAGGCUGGGGACAGCUAUUA